UUCUCCUUGGGGUGGGCAAUAUAGAUCUAAUAUACUUGUUGUAUUGCUGCUUGUGGGUUGUAUAAAAUCACUAUAUCAUGAACAUCUAAAAGGUCACGUAAUUUUUUUAAGGCACUAGCUCGAGACUCGUGUGGUGGCAAAACUACUAUUUAAUGAAUAGUUUAAAGAAAAAGUCUUCACACGUCGGCUGUCUUUCUUGAGUUUUAAUAAGCAUUCAUGAAUGGAGACACUCACACAUAUACAACCGCAUGAACAGUCAGUCAGUGAAUGCCUACCAAGUCCUCUCGCCCUGCUAUCUUUAUAGUUCCCAUAACACAUGCACAUCAACAGUCAAAAUAUGUGGCGCCUUGACAUUCCUAAGACACAACAUCUCUCGAGACUAACAAGGACACUUGUUGUCCUCCCUGGCUCAUAAUCUUAGUGUCUGAGCCUCCCUGGCUUGUGACCUUGGUGUCUCUCACCGCUGUGCAGUGCGCAUGCGCCACGGUGUAUGCAGCCUGUUCCAGUCGCUCCUGCUUACUUUAACUUUGUUUUCUACUUUUUUCCUCUCUUCUUUAUCUUACUUGUUCUGUUUUUACUUUAGUUAUUUAUUAAGCUACGUCCUCUCUAAUCAUGCUUGUGUGGAGAGUUUUUGUUGUUUCGCUCGUGGUGGAAUCGCUCCUUUUACUCUGCCACUCGACCGUCGCUCAGCAACACCGCAUUGUUUACUCCAGGGAUCAGCUGAUGGAGCUGAAGCCGGCCGGCUUGGCUACGGUGAGGGAGGAUAUACCUGCUGAACUUUGGAGGAAAACACACCGGGGUUGCAGAGGGAAAAGAUCGCUACGGCGGCGGAAAGGAGCGAAACACCGGAGACUUAUGGAGAGGAAGACAUUCAAGCCGUGUCUCCCAUCUAUCAUCAUGGGCAACGUGAGAUCACUGGGGAAUAAGAUGGACGAGCUUACAGCGCUAACCCGGAGUCAUCAGGAAUACCGGGAGUGUAGCCUGAUGAUUUUCUCGGAGUCAUGGCUACACACGGAUGUUCCUGACCACAAUGUUUCCACCGUGGGUUUCCACACUGUCCGGGCUGACAGGGACUGCACUAAGAGCGGUAAGCGUAAAGGAGGUGGGCUUGCUGUUUACGUGAACAACAGGUGGUGCAAUCCUGGUCACAUCACAGUCAAAGACCGCAUCUGCAGCCCGGAUAUUGAACUGUUAGCUGUGGGCCUCCGUCCUUACUAUUUACCCCGUGAAUUCUCACAUGCUAUUGUAGUGGCACUGCAGGGCUGUUUUGAGGUGACUGACUGGAAUGUACUCUGUGAGCCACAUGGAGAGGACAUUGAUGGGCUUACUGAGUGCAUUACAGACUACAUUAAUUUCUGUGUGGACGGCAUUGUCCCAGCAAGGACUGUGCGGUGUUACCCAAAUAACAAGCCUUGGGUAACAAAGGACAUCAAAGCCAUACUCAACCUGAAGAAGAGGGCUUUCAGAGGUGGCAACAGGGAGGAGCUGAGGGACAUUCAGAGGGAGCUGAGUGCAAAGAUCAAUGAGGCUAAGGACGGCUACAGGAGGAAGCUGGAGAGGAAACUCCAGCUGAAUAACAUGAGCGAGGUCUGGAGUGGUAUGAGGACCAUCACCGGUUACAGACCAACUAGCAGUGGAGCUGAUGGUAGUGUGGCUAGGGCCAAUGAGUUAAAUCUGUUCUUCAAUAGGUUUGACACUGCUGCCCUGGCCCCUGUUGGCUCUCCUGCUGACUGUCUCCAGCCACCACCACUUCUGACCCCCCCUCCUCCUCCUGAUAGCACCUCAUCCAACUUGGUGAGCCCCUCACACCCAUCCCCCACUCCUCACACCUCCUCUGGCUCCCAUGCUACCUGCCCUCCUCUCACUUUGGACUCCAACUCUCCCCCUCCUCAACCUGCACUCUUUACACCUCUACAUGUUAGGAGACAGCUGAGCAAACUCCCCGCCGGUAAGGCUGCAGGCCCUGAUGGUGUCAGCCCACGGGUUCUCAGAGCCUGCGCCGAACAGCUCUGUGGAGUGCUUCAUCGUGUCUUCAAAAUGAGCCUGAGCCUCCAGAGGGUCCCUGUGAUAUGGAAGACGUCCUGCCUCGUUCCAGUGCCAAAGAUGCCGCAACCCAGCGGUCUCUCGGACUACCGACCGGUGGCACUGACGUCACAUAUCAUGAAGACCCUGGAGAGACUUGUCCUGGAGCAGCUCAGGCCUAUGGUCAGGCCGCACCUGGAUCCCCUCCAGUUCGCCUACCAGCCCCGGAUUGGAGUUGAGGAUGCCCUCAUUUACCUGCUGAACCGCAUCUACGCCCACCUGGACAAGCCGGGGAGCACUGUGAGGGUCACGUUCUUUGACUUCUCCAGUGCUUUCAAUACCAUCAGGCCUGCUCUACUGGGUGACAAGCUGACGGCGAUGCUGGUGAAUCCCCCCCUUGUGUCCUGGAUUGUGGAUUACCUCACUGGCCGACCACAGUACGUGCGCUUGCGGCACUGUGUGUCAGACACAGUGGUCAGCAAUACCGGGGCUCCACAAGGUACUGUCCUCUCUCCUUUCCUCUUCACCCUUUACACCACGGACUUCAGCUACCAGACAGAGUCUUGUCAUCUUCAGAAGUUUUCUGAUGACUCUGCUAUAGUUGGAUGUAUCAGCAAGGGUGAGGAGGCUGAAUACAGGGCUGUGGUGAAUAACUUUGUCUCAUGGUGUGAGCUGAACCACCUGCAGCUCAACACAACAAAGACAAAAGAGCUGGUGGUGGAUCUGAGGAGAACGAGGACACCAGUGACCCCAGUUUCCAUCCUGGGGCAUAACGUGGACAUUGUAGAACACUACAAGUACCUGGGUGUGUUCAUAGACAAUAAACUGGACUGGACUAAGAACACUGAAGUCCUUUACAAGAAGGGACAGAGCCGCCUCUAUUUUCUGAGGAGGCUCCGCUCCUUUAACAUCUGCCGGACUAUGCUGAGGAUGUUUUAUGAGUCUGUGGUGGCCAGUGCUAUUCUGUUUGCUGUGGUGUGCUGGGGCAGCAGACUGAGAGUAGCCGAUGCCAACAGACUCAACAAGCUGAUCAGAAAGGCCAGUGACGUUGUGGGGGUGGAGCUGGACCCUUUGACAGCAGUGUCAGACAGGAGGAUGCUGUCAAAGGUGCGGGCGAUACUUCAGCAUGGCUCUCACCCUCUCCACAACGCUCUGGUCGAACUGAGGAGCACCUUCAGCCAGAGACUGAUUGCUCCUAAAUGCACCACUGAGCGCCACAGGAAGUCAUUCUUACCUGUGGCCAUUAAACUGUACAACUCCUCCCUCUGAUGAUCGGACUCAUUUGGCUAUUUAUAAAACAAAUCACACAAUAUAAUUACUCAUUCUUAUUUCAUUUAUAAUGCUACAACCAUUUCAUUGUAUAUUGUAUAUAUUUCAGAUUGUCUACUUUACUGUUUUUAUUAUUUAUUUUACUUUAUUGUCUACUUUAAUAUUUUAUUUUAUGUUAAUGUCUACUUUAAUAUUCUAUUUUAUUCUAUUUUAUUCUAAUGUCUACUUUAAUAUUUUAUUUUAUUUUAUUUUAUUUUAAUGUCUACUUUAAUAUUUAUUUUAUUUAUUUCAUUGUCUAUUUUAGUAUCUUAUUUAUAUCUUCAUCUUUAUCUCUUGUUUCCAUUCAUGCUGUAUUUCUAUUUCUACUUUGCACGGAGCAUUGGAACAAAAACAAUUUCCCUCCGGGGAUUAAUAAAGUAUUCUGAAUCUGAAUCUGAAUCUGAGUCACAGUAGGGGUUAAAUGAGCAACAGAUAUCAUUAGGUUAGAAGUUCAGUUUCAUAAAAACAAGUAACCUUAUACAACACAUUAUAGGUUAAAUAAUUAUGUUUAAAUACCAGAAUUUUCCAUCACAUUCGCUUCGGCGUCUUGGCUCUCUUGCUCUCUCCUGUGGCUACAAGGAUCCUAAAUGAAGACCCUGACUAAAGGCCCUGACACACGAAGUUGACGGUUGGCCGUCGGUCAAUGUUGGGCUGUUGGUGAGCGUCUGUUGCUCUAGUCUUUGCAGUGUGUCCCCUACCGUUGGCCUUCGCUGGCGAAAGACAGUGGAGCCUGCUUAUGAAUUAAAUCCUUCUGAUUGACAGUUGAGUUCAGCGCACAAGAAAAGAAAUGGAAGUGAGGAAAGUAAACAAAAGGCUUAAGUCAAGAGGGAGUGAGACCCAAACAAAUUUGUUACAUUAGGUAGAAUUAUUUUUCUUUAGCCAUUGAGCUCUUUAGCAGAGACGUUUCGGAUUGGUUUGUGUUAUCGUUUACUAGCGCACAGUCAAUACGCUCUGUUAUUUUAACAUUGGAUUGUGUUGUUAAUGCACUAACUGGCUAACUAGCGUCAGGAAGGUCUUCUGGUUUCCCUUUUUGUAUGACUAAUACAGGCGACGACCAUCUACUGGUAUGGAGGGGUAUUUCCUGCAGGCUCAGAAUGUACGUGCUGGCUGGCUGUCAGCUGUAGUCUUCAUGGUGUGUUAAUGUGCAACUUUUUGGCUGAGACACAGGUGGCACAGCAGUUUUCAUUGCUGCUAGUUCUCUAUAGUUCAGUGUGUCUGGACCCCCAACCCACCCCAGACAUGGAUUAUUAUUUCCAUGCUUUGUAUGCACAAAUUGAUGAAACGGAUGGAUUGCAUUUUACUGAAAUCAUAUUCUUAUAAUUACAUGUGACAAAUAAAUAGACUGAUCAAUAAAUGUUACCUCUUAUUGUCCACAUCCUGAUGCAAAGCUCAUCUGCACCCUCCUCCACCCUAAUAAAUAUCAUUCCAGUGGAACUAGAUGCAUGUAAAACUGUGAACAUUUUGUAUUUCAGACUCUCCAUUCUGCAUUGCUCACUUAUUUUUCUCUUUCCAGACCCUUGACUUUCCUUUUUAAUAUGCUCCAUCCUCACUCUUCAAUAAAUCUCCCUCUUUCUGCAUUUCUUUAAGUCAUUCUUUUUUUUCCCCUCUGCACAUCCCUCUCCUCUCUCUUCCUGGUCUCCAUUUCUCCUCUGCUCACUCAAAUAAAUCUCUCCAUCCCCUUUUUUCUACCAACCCCCUCCCCAAAUCUAUGAAACACACACAAACAUACAUGUGCGCGGACUCGCACUCACUCACUUACGCGCACAAACACACAGCCCUUCAGGCAGCAGCCACAAAGGCCCCAUAUUAAUAAAUCUGCUCCUUUAUUGGUGCUGAGUGUCUCUGGCAGGGAGAGAAAGAGAGGGAGGAGAGGGGGAGGGAGGAGGAGGAGCAGGACAGGAGACGCAGAGAUCACCAGAAGGGAGGAGGAGGUGGCUGACUGUAACCAUAUCAUGAACACAAGGGAGGCAGAGUGAGAGAGACAGAGAGAUAAAGGGAGAAGGAGACAACAUUGACAAGUGAAUCAUCAACAAGCACGCACACACACCAGCACACACACUUUCUAUCGGCAAUAACACAAUGGCCCUGGGAUAAUGAGAAGAACAAUACAAGUGUGAUGUGUCACUUGUGUAGGUGCUCAUUUGUUAAGGUAUAGUCCACCCACACUUCCUUAAAGACCUCCGUACUGCGAUUAUUAAGGACACCUGCCAUGUGGCUGAACCACUGGAGCGUUCACAGUGGGCUGUGCUGGUCACUGGACUCGGGAAACAAACUGCCCGAGGUGGGUUUUCGGUAAUGACAGCAGCUAGCUUGGCUUAGUGGUCCAAUCUCAGCCAUCAGUCAGCUGUGACAGAUUGGGGAUAUGAGCUAAGGAGCCGUUUAGCUUUGGUGUUUGGCGUGGUGUGUGAGUGCAUGCGCUUGUGUGUCUGGGGGAGGAGGAGGAGUGUGGGGAGGCUAUCAGUGCUGCUCGUGUUGCAGAGGCAUCAAUACACUGUCGACAGGCCAUUUUCCUAUGCCUGUUCCCAGCCCUGGCUUGUUGCUGGGGAAACUACCGCCAUUUUACCUUCUCUGGCUGCACCUCUGGGAGGUUUUGUAACACAGAAAUACAUUUUCCAUAAUCUGUCCCGGUCAACUGUUAAAAUAAGCUUGUAUUAGCUUGUAUUUUUAUUUCCUUGCUAUAGGGCAUUCAGAGUGUAAAAAUGGAGUCAAACUUAUCAGUAGUGGUGUAAAUAACUAAUUUUAUCACAAUACGAUAUUGUAUCAAUUCUUUGGACGAUGAUACAAUAUUUUCCAAUAUUACAAAAUCUGUCACGAUACGAUUUUGAUUCAAUGCAAUUCAGGGGCCUGCAAUCAAUAUGAGAUGAUAUUAUCUGCCGAUUUCACACAAUCUGUUACAGAAGGCGCUGCCAACCUUUUUCUUUUUUCCUUUGGGCCAUAAAAUAGAAAAACACAUGAAUAAUGGAAAUAAUUGUAACCACUUAAUUGCAGUACUUUAAACUGACUCAUGGAUAAGUUAACCCUCAGAGCUUUAACCCAAUCCAUGAUCUUUUUCCUAAAAAUUGAAGGCAAGCUUCUCCCAACAGCCAUAACACACGGAUUAACAGCAACAUUAUUUAACAAAAGUAUAAAAUUUGGCUCAACACUAACUGUUAAGGCUCAUUGACAAAACAACUGUUUUUUGCUGGUGACCCAUUAUUAGCUUUAGCACAUUUACAUUGCGUCAAUUAGCCUUACCCCACUUUAUCUUACUAACCAUUGGUGUAAGUCACUUCAUGCCCCAACAGAACAGCACAUUUUUUCAGCCCAUUAUUGAAACAGAGCAGCUAAUGUUACUGUAGCGAAAAGUUAGCAGAGUGAAAUGCCCAUCCAGGCAGGUACGUCCUUUUUUAUCUCCAUACGGCAUGUGCUUUGUCUGUUGACCCAUACUUUAUCCGAAAUCAAAAAUAUUUCCACACUGUUGAUUUAUACAGAGUAAACAACCUUAAUGUCAUUGACUUUGUCUCUGCUGUUUGCCAUCAUCUGCUUGGCGCUGUUUGAUUGUGAUAGAGAAUUUUGAAAUAAAGGCGCAACACAAAGAUGAUGAUGUCGUUCAGUGUUUUCACUUUGCAUCAACGAUAUUGGAUCUGUGAUCAGUGAAUCAAUUUAUCGAUCCAGAUCGAUGGAUGUCAGUGUAUUUUAUAGAAAAACUCCAGUGAACAGCCAGCAUUACAUAUGGUGCCUCAAGGAUUGACAGGCAAAAACUGUUGGGUGUUUCGUGCUCCUCCCAAGGUCACGGGUUGAGUGUUCUGUAACACCACCACCCUGGCACUCAUCUCCACAAUAACAGCUUUCUGUUUCCAUCUGAAAAAUGACUCUGAAAUCAGAGCCAAAGCUACAGACAAACAACUGUUGAAGGAAAUCGUCCUGCUGAACCAACACAGACCCAACAAGGUUGACUUCACUUAAACUGCACCAAUGCAGUGCAAACAAAUUUGAAUAGCUGCAUUGAU